AAGUAGCCUACUUUUAUCAGUGUCUGAAUAUUUGAACAAUACAGUACAAAAAUAUUUCAAGAAAAAAUAUUGUUAACACUGAAACACACAGUAGACCUACAUUAGGUGGAGGGCUGCAGUUUAAAAUGAUUUAGAGAAAAUAAAAUACCGUAAAUUAUGCAUCUUAAAACAAAGUGCUUCAUUUCAGAAAAAAAUAGCAGCUAAAGUUUCCCUUUUUCUUUACCUUUCACAUCUCGAUUUCACAACUUUCUUUACAUUUUUCAACAGAUCUCAAAACCUCUUUCCUUUGUGUCUGCAUUCAUCCUUGCAAUCGCCUUGAAUGCACAGAUUUGAUAGACUAAGUAGCGUCACGUGGGUGGCUUAACUCGUACACGAUUGGUUUGUAUGUUCCAUUAAUACAGUGCUGCAAAGUUUAUUCCAACCUUUAUGCUCAUCACAGUGAUACUGGCAUGAUACCUUACAAUUUAAGUAUAAAGUUAAAGGUGCACUGUGUAACUUUGCUGGUGGAGUGUCUGCCACCUGCUUGUCUCCAUGGAGAUGUUACUGUUUUGUCUGAAACGUUUGCGUACGGCAUCGAACAUAUUCAUCUUGCAUUUACUGAAUAACAUGGGGUGUUGUGGACCUAAAAACUUGCAUUUUUACUUUGAGUUGGCUUGCCUCUCCACAGAUUGGACAUGUAACUUGACCUUGUGGUGUCCUGCUUUUGUCUCCAUGGAGAUAAAGUGCAAGGCCAUACUGUAGAACAUCCCAGACAGAUGGAUGCUCUACCAGAAAAGUUACACAGUGCAUCUUUAAGUUAUCAAGGCAUAGAAAUAUUUUAAACGUGCACUAUGAUGUACAGUAGGGCCCAUCACCUGCUUGUUCCUAUAAAGAUAUAAUUGCUUUGCCUGGCAUGUAAGGCAUUAAAUAUUUCUAUUUUCAUGGAAACAAGGAAGUAACAUUGCCAGGACAAGUUACAGGUCAGGUCUGUGGAAUGGUGACCCUGCUCCUAGUGAAAAUUCAUGUUUUCUGUCUUACUUUUGAGCAAUAAUAACGUCUAUAAUUUAAUAAAUGCAAAUUAGUCGUGUUUAAUGCCAUACAGUAGAAUCCAAAUACACUUGAUUGAUAUAGCACAUUUUACAAAGUGCUGCACAGAGAUCAAUAAAAUGAAGACAACAAAAAGGUCAAAUGCUAAAAUGUCAUCGUAAAACAGUUAAACCAGUCAAAUAAAAUAAAAGCAAAACCAUCAAAACCAUAAAAUGGCAGUAAAUAAGGAAUACACGAGACAAAGAGGACUGACCCUCCUCCAGAAAAGUUACACAGUGCGUGACUUGGAGGUCACUUAAGUGCAUGAAAGAUCAUAUUUCCUGACCAAAGAGUGAAAUAUAUUUUUAGAUUGACUUCGUUAUGUUUUUGUCAAAAGUUAUUAGCUUAGUGUCACCGUCACAAGACCUGGUUUGAGUCAGCGUGAACCCAUGAUACCUGCAGAAUACAAAAGCACACUCUUCUCAUCUUCUUUUAGACCUCUCAUUUUUAUUUGUGACAUGCAUUGUUCACAAGCAAAUAAUGCCACCACCAGGUACAACAGUGCUCUUAUUGUAAAACAGAGCUCAGCCAAUCCUCACGAGCAUCACAGCCUGUUUGCUUUGUGAAUUCCCUAUAACUUAGACAUUUCAAAGUGUCAAAAAACAGGCAAAACCACCCUGCUGUGAUCACUGUGGAUGGAAUGAUAGUCCCGUGGAAAUUCAAGGUUGGGUUUUUACAUCAUUAGUCAUAUGUGUGUAACAGAACCAUAUAAAACGGGCCUGGUGUGUUCUAGGACAUAGGCACAGGUGGACUUUGUGGAGUGAGCUUUCUCAGAUUUUAAAAGGAGCAACAGUCGCUGAACAUUUGGUGUCAAAAACUUCCACAAUGCUGUCGAUAAUUUUUAUUUCAUUGCUGAUUUUUGCAUCUUCUAAGGCCCAGAUCGAAGUCAGAACCGCAGCCACCACUGCAGCGGCAACAGGUGCAGCAACGGGUGCAGCAACAGGUGCAGCAACGGGUGCGGCUACAGGUGCAGCUACAGGUGCAGCUACAGGUGCAGCUACGGGUGCGGCUACAGGAGCAGCAACUGGAGCGGCAACUGGAGCAGCAACUGGAGCAGCAACAGGCGCAGCUACUGGUGCAGCAACAGGCGCAGCCACUGGUGCAGCUACUGGUGCAGCUACUGGUGCGGAAACAGGUGCGGCUACGGGUGCGGCAACAGGAGCGGCAACUGGAGCGGCAACGGGAGCUGUCACAACCGUUGCUGUGGUCACAACUGGUGCAGUGGUCACAAAUGGGACAAACAGCACGAGCGCAGCCCCCGCUCCCGUCGGACUCCUGUACCCCCACAGUGUGGCAGUGGGCCUCUUCAUUGCUUUGCUCCUAAAGACCCUGAUGCUGUGAUCUCUGUGGGAGACUCUCUGUAAAAUAUGACCUAAACUUAUUUAUGUACAACCCUCAGAAGUAGAAGGCACAUGACUUGAUUCUCAUAAUGAACUGUAGGCCUAUUUGAGCCAAUUUAACUAAAUGAAAUGUGUGACGGGAGGAUCCUCUGGAUAUUUGUAAUAGGCCUGUUACAUAUAAGUUGUAAUAGGCAACUCAAGUGUUGACAGAUUUAUAUAAUUUGAAUGAUACAUUGAGUUCAAUCUGUGUUGUAUUAUAAUUAAAAUGUCAUAUUAUCAAACAGU